CGUCUAGGCCGGCGCGGCUAGCAGCGCACUCGCUGCCCACAAAGCACAGCUGAGGGGCUGACACCGGCUGGUGUCGCGUAACCUCAGUCCCCGCCAGCCUCGCCGCCCCCGCCUCCAAAUCGCAACGCCGAGCUGGGACAGAGACCCGUCGCGCCACGCCCCCUGAGAGAGCUUGGGGUGGCCAGGCCUGCGUGGGGCAGCGGCGGCGGCGACUCCGGGCCAGGCUGGGACGCACAGUGCGGAACCAUGGCUGAGGCGGCCGCGGCUCCGACUUCUGAAUGGGACUCCGAGUGCCUUACAUCCCUGCAGCCCCUGCCACUGCCACCACCCCCAGCAGCCAAUGAUGCGCACCUGCAGACUGCAGCCAUCUCCCUGUGGACAGUGGUGGCUGCCGUGCAGGCCAUAGAGAGGAAGGUGGAAGUACACAGCCGGCGGCUCCUGCACCUUGAAGGCAGAACAGGGACAGCAGAGAAGAAGCUGGCCAGCUGUGAGAAGACAGUUACCGAGCUCGGCAACCAGCUGGAGGGGAAGUGGGCCGUGCUGGGGACCCUGCUGCAGGAGUACGGGCUGCUGCAGCGGCGGUUAGAGAACCUGGAGAACCUGCUUCGCAACCGGAACUUCUGGGUGCUGCGGCUGCCGCCGGGUAUUAAAAGAGAUAUCCCAAAGGUGCCUGUGGCAUUUGAUGAUGUCUCCAUCUACUUUUCCACUCCAGAGUGGGAAAAAUUAGAAGAAUGGCAAAAGGAACUUUACACGAAUAUCAUGAAGGGCAACUACGAGUCUCUUAUCUCCAUGGAUUAUGCCAUGAGUCAACCUGAUGUCUUAUCUCAGAUUCAACCAGAAGGAGAGCAUAAUACAGAGGACCAGGCAGGCCCAGAGGAGAGUGACAUUCCAGCAGUCCCCAGUGAAGAACCUGGACUUUCAACAUCAGAUAUUCUGUCUUGGAUCAAGCAGGAGGAGGAGCCUCAGGUUGGGCCACCCCAGGAGGCUAAGGAGAGUGAGGUGUACAAAGGCACCUAUCCUGAGGAGGAGCUCGUCAUCAAAGCCGAAGGCCUUGUUCCAGCCACCUUGUGUCCCCAGGUUCCAGGAGCCUUCUCUGCCGCCCCAGCAGCAGCCGCAAAGGACGCUUUCUCAGACGUGGCUUUCAAAAGCCAGCAGUCUGCACCCAUGACAUCUUUUGGAUGUGCAGCCACCGACCUGCCUGAGGCUUCGGAGGGACAAGUGACAUUCACUCAGUUGGGAAGCUACCCACUCCCGCCUACUGUUGGGGAGCAGAUGUUCUCCUGCCACCACUGUGGCAAGAGUCUCAGCCAGGACAUGCUGUUGACUCACCAGUGUGGCCACGCCUCCGAGCACCCUGGGCCCUGUGCCCAGUGCCCCAAGCACUUUCCCGUGCAGCCUGACCUGGGCAGCACCUCCCAGGACCACGCUGGUGAGAUGCCCCCCACCUGUCCACACUGUUCCCGGACCUUCACACACCCCUCGAGACUCACCUACCACCUGCGUGUCCACAACAGUGCUGAGCGCCCUUUCCCCUGCCCCGACUGCCCCAAGCGCUUUGCAGACCAGUCACGGCUCAGCAGUCACCGGCGCGCACACACCAGCGAGCGGCCCUUCCGCUGCUCGCAGUGCGGCCGCAGCUUCAGCCUGAAGCUCAGCCUGCUGCUGCACCAGCGGGGCCAUGCGCAGGAGCGCCCCUUCUCCUGUCCACAGUGUGGCAUCGACUUCAACGGCCACUCGGCUCUCAUCCGCCACCAGAUGAUCCACACGGGCGAGCGCCCAUACCCGUGCACUGACUGCAGCAAGAGCUUCAUGCGCAAGGAGCACCUGCUCAACCACCGGCGGCUACACACCGGUGAGCGGCCCUUCCCGUGCGUGCACUGCGGCAAGAGCUUCUUCCGAAAGCACCACCUCAUGAAGCACCAGCGCAUCCACACAGGAGAGCGACCCUACCCCUGUGCGCUCUGUGGGCGCAGCUUCCGGUACAAACAGACGCUCAAGGACCACCUGCGCUCGGGCCACAGUGGGGGCUGCGCAGGAGACAGCGAUCCCUCCGCCCCACCGCCAGAGCCGCCUGGGCCACCGCUUCCCGUCCUUGAAACCUCUGGCCUUGGCGUCAGUGCUGAAGCCCUAGAGACCAGUCAGUGGUAUGGGGAUGGGACUGGAGGAGGGAUGCUGUAGCUGCGGCCUCGUGCUCGCCUGCCCUCUACAGCAGGCUCACAGCAAGCAGAAAGUCCAGGAGAAAGCCAGGGCCCCCUCCACCUUCAGUAAUUAUUCUCUGGCACGUCAAGGAAUUCGAGGUCCUCUACAUGCAACUACUGUGUUUCAGAAUUUAACAGCCGUGCAACAAUACCAUGUCUUGAAAUGCAGAAAAACCGGGAAAGGAGCCCAGCAUCCUGUCUUUCCAAAGAUACUACAAAAGCAGAAGUUAGGGGACUGUUGCAGGGAGGGUGGGAAGCCAGAUUUGCCCUCUGGCUGUGUUGGCACAGGGCUGCAGUGAGGUAGAUUUUUGUCUCUAGGUAGAGACAGGUUCAUGGGAAGAGCCUUGAAACUUGAAGCCCACCCUGAGGCAGGUGAAUGUGGAAGGCCUUUCAUUGGUUUCUUGAAAGGUGAGAUGGUUGUCAGAAAAAUUCGAUUUAGCCACUGCUUACCUUGCUGCCUCCAGGAAAAGCUCUGUCCACACCCCUGUGUUGCUGCCUGUCUGUCCCUGAAACAUAAGGACUCAAGACUGCCUUCCUGGCGCUCCUAGAUUGUCUUCUCAUACAUUUUGUUUAAUAUUGGGUGAACAAAAAAAUCUGACUUUAAUAGCUUAUUUAAGAGGACAGUUCUUUACUUUUACUGGUUUGAUUUGAGCAUUCAGGCUCUUUUAUGGCGUUUACUCUGAGAAAUCUUUGUAAAGGUUCUGGUUAGGAAAACUGGGAGCAGAAUUCUCAGCCAGCUUGAAAGCUAUAGAGAUCCCAGAGAAAUUGCUCAUGUAACGUGACAGAGCAGCCUGAAAUCUGUGCCUGACUCUUUUUUAUGGAGCCCUUACUAUUUCCAGGCCAGUAAGCUGAAUUCUCCAUUCCCAAUGUCUGAUUUUCUUGACACCAGCAACAGAGAUCACAGUGCUUUCCACAAGCACAGAGGAAUUUCAGGAAGUGCCCCUGGGCUCGAGUUUCCUCAGCAGAGCUGUAGGGGUGUAGCAUUCUCAAGCCAUCCAAGAGAAUGCCUGUUCCCCACAGCUGGCCUUGCCACAUUGGUACCUCCUAGAUCCCCGAGAGCUAAGCCCCACAUGUAGACAAAAAUGGCCUGUCCUGCCUAUUGUGCUUUUCAGUACUAUGCCUACCAUGUGUUCUUUUCUUGGAGUCGCUCAGUCCCUGGGAGCAUCUGAGUCUGGUUCUACUUCUAAGAAUCUUUACAGCCUGAUACAAGUCCCCUUCCCUUUACAGUGCUCAAAUUUUCAUCUGAAAAAUGAGAUGGUGAGCUGAACCUGGUGGUGCGUACCUGAAAUCCAAGCACUAGGGAGGCUGAGGCAGGAGGACUGCUAUGAGUUUAAGGCCAGUCUGAACUACAUAGAGAGACUGUCUCAAAAAACAAACAAGGAGACACCCCCCCCCAUCUGCAUGAUUGGUAGAAGUGAACCUCUAGAAAUUAAAAAAAAAAUCUUAUGGGGCUGGGGAUUUAGCUCAGUGGUUCCGGCACCUGCCUUGCUAAGUGCAAGGUCCUGAGUUCGAUCCCCAGUACCAAAAAAAAAAAAAAAAAAAUCUUGUGAUACAUUCCUUUUCCUGCCAAAAUCCUGUCUUUGCCUUUGGCUUCUGUCCAAGUGAAGCCAAAUAAGACAGCAUACUCAAAGCAGAGGAGUUCUUGCAGAAACUUGACUAAAACCAGUUUAAUUUGUUGUUUUGCUCUUGCUUUGUGCCUGAGUAGAUGACAGAGGAUGCAGGAGUCCUACAUCUUGGGCAAAAAAGUUGUUUCUUCUCAUACCCUCUAAUUUUCCCUAAAUCUACAAAGUUAGAACAGGGUCUAGGAAUAGUUCAACAGUUUGCUCUCAAUAAGUGAUAGGGAAGGACCCGUGUUCUCCUUAUCACAGACCCCAACCUUCCCUCUAUCUCCUUAGGCGUGACUGUGCCAGGAAAGGCUGUUGGCCCAGCUGGCUGUGCUCCUGGGAUCCUGGGAAGGCUCUGUCUGAACCUGCUGCCCUUGAGGACAGUUACAUUUCUAAAACACUGUUUUCUGACACUCACAAAACCAGAGACCAACAGGAGACAUGAAGAAUGUGCAUGAGGCCUGGCCUGCUCUCAUAACCUUCAGUUUGUAGCUCAUAAAAAAGCCCAGGAGGCUAGAACGAGCCAGGCGGUGGGCAGAACCCUAGUGUAUUGAGAUGAGUUUUCUAGCCAGAAUCUGGCCCCUCAUUCUGGGAAAAUUUGGGAGUUCUGAGAAUCCCCAAACCAGGGUUCUGGCUUUGUUGGUGACCUACUAGGAGCUUGAGUGUUAUUCAGCUCUGGUACAUACCUUGCUUCCCACAAAGAAAAGGGAAAAGAGUUGGAGCACUUCUUUUAGGUGGUGAGCCUUCCUUUCUGAAUGGAUUCAAGCAUCUUCCAGGGUCUGCUGGAGAAGGGAUCCCUACAUGAGGUGUGAUGUGGGACUAGAAUGGAGAUAUAUCUAUCUAUCUAUCUAUCUAUCUAUCUAUCUAUAUUUUUUUGUACCAGGGAUUGAACUCAGGACCUUGCACUUGUGAGGCAGGCGCGGUGCCACUGAGCUAAAUACCUGGCCUGGAACUAGGUUAUAGUGAAGAUUCACUUUCGAGCCAGGGAUUUAGCUCAGUGGUGCGAAUGCCUGCCUCGCAAGCGCAAGAUCCUGAGUUCGAUCCCCAGUACAAAAAAAAAAGAUUCACUUUAACCUGAAAGAUUCACUGAGGUUGCACAACUUAAUAUAAAGAGUCCUAUGCAUUAAAAUGCUCCAGUUAGAUCCACACCCAUUCUGCAAGGAACUGUAGCCAGCAGAGACCCAAACUUUAGCAGAAAGUGGACACAGGUCAAAUACCAAUGCAGCAAGAGCCAUAAAGCUGAGUGAAGGGGAAUGUGCAGGGCCAUCCCAGAAGGAUGACAGGAAUGUGGGAUCCUAAUUCUUGGCCCUAGGACAAAGCAGGGAGGGAGUUCAGAGUUUAGGUUACAUUCUCCUUUCCCUCCAUCAAGCCCCUACCAGGUAGAACUCUAGGCCAUCUCUAAAGAAUCUAUUUGUUAAAGAUUUGAAAGUGGAUUGGUGAACAGCUAAGGUAAAGGCCAACAGAAAGCUUUUAGUGUGUGAAGGAGAAACUUGGUCCAGCAAGCAACCUGAGAGAAACUAUGCAUCUAACCCUGUGGUGGAGGAGGCUCCUGAGGUGCAGUUGUUGGAGAGACACAACAGGGAAGAGAAAACUCCACAGUGUGCUCUUCCUCCUCCUUCCCACUGGGGUGCUGGGGGUUGACUUACCAGACUCUCAUCUUUGCUAGCAUAUUCGUUGUCACCAUCGGAUGAGUCUCUGGUUCAGCCACAGAUAUGAAAAUAAAUGGAAGUUGGUUGAUGACCUAAAAAGUGAAAAAAGACUGAUCCUUUUCUGCUGGACAUUUACUACUGCAAACAUCUUAUCUGGGCUCUAGCUAGAGCUGUACCCUAUAUAAAAUCCCUUAUUAUUAAUAAUAAAGUCCAAAGUUCCUGGCUUCUCUUAAGAGAUAAGUAUCCAUGCCUAUCUUACCCAGACACGGAGGCUUAAUAAGCUUCCAGAUGGUUACUGCUUCAGUCUGCAGAAACCUCAUUGAUAAGCUUUUUUUAAGGGCCUAUAUUUAUUCCAAGUGGAAUAGGAAAUCCCAAAUUUCUUCACAGAUACCCUUUCCCCCUAUAUACCCCUUCAUAGCUUCAUAGACAGCAAUAGGCCUCAGCUGCUUCCCAAGGGCUGCUCAGUAGCAAGGAGUAAAAGCAAGGAGACAAAGACCUCUGAUGUCAUAGAUAGGUUUUUCUUUCUGUGUAUGUGAGCUGGAUACUUGGGACCCUGGUCAGUGCCCUCUGGUUCUUUAGCUGUAGCAAAGGAGUCACUUCCCACAGAGUGCACACACACAGAGGUGAGUGUUUUUGUGAGUUUCAGGAUUCCACAAGCAGAAGAUGAAAGAAGAUCAGAUUAGUGUGGGGAUGGGGUGUGGCAGGGAGAGUGCUGUGCCUCAACAGGACUCAUCAUGGUGUUAGCACAGAGUGAAUAGCUGAGAGAGGACUCAGGGCGGGGCUAGAUUCAAGGCCUGGAGUCAUGUGACUGAUAUACUGAUCUAUUAUUUAAUCAUUUUGAGCCUUAGUUUCCUUAUCUGUAAAAUAAAGAUAAUAAUACCUAUAUCUUAGAGGUAUUCAGGCCUAAAAGAAAACAGGUAAAUUGUUUAGGAUGGAACCCAUGAUGCAAAAGAAAGAUCUUUACAAGACCACCCUGAAGAGGUCAAAAAGCCGGGCUGAACUGGAGGUGGUGAGAACCAAGGCUCCUCUGCAGAGAUCAUUGGUCCAUGUCUCCGCCUUUUGCUCACCAUCUUCCUCUACUUCUGUUUAGCUUGUUCGUUUCUCUGUUUUUUUGUACCUCUCAGCUCCCCUAAGUUUUUUUGUUUUUUUGGUACUGGGGAUUGAACUCAGGGCUUUGUGCUUGCGAGCCAGGCACGGUGCCGCUGAGCUAAAUCCCUGGCCCAUCCCCUAAAUUUCAUGUGACACUGUUUUUUCUUUUCCUCAGUUCAGAGUGGCAAAUCUGGCCCAGCUCCUUUUUCUGUAUGAGGUCCCAGAAGUUUCCAGUCAACCCUUGGGGUUGCUGAUGUACUUGUUCUGGUUCAGUUAACUGGGGUUAAUAGCGAUGUCCUGUGUCCCUGCACCAGGAUCUCUGAACAGUAGGUUCACUUGGGAAGGGCAGUGACACUGAAUGGCGUUUCUAGAACUAGCUGGAUAGAGAGAAUCCUUUUAACCUCUUGGGCUUCCUCCAAAGACUUAUGCUUUAUAAGCACCAUGACAGGCCAGAGCAUACUGGUCCUGGCAUGAAGCACCUGGGAGGUGCUGUUUAUGUAUAUUGCAGAAGGCGUCAUGAGUUACCAGUUGUCAAGGGAGGGUGUGUAUCCCUUUCUGGCCCUGUCUCAGUUUUUUUUUGAGUAACUGGCCAGAGUCACACAGAGAAUCACUUGGUCAACUUGGUCAAUUAAAUUGCCUCCCCUCCAAAGAAAGUUUCACCCCUAAAACCAAACACCCAUCAAGAAAGGCAGAACAAUACAGACCAGUCAGAGUAGUCUCAAAAGCAAUGCGCCACAUAGCUCACCAAGAUAGCCAGGUUAUGUUUCAGAUAAAAUGUCUGAUAAAACCUCACUGAGCUCUGUGACCUUUUGUUUGCUUAUUAGCAAAGCUCGUAUUUAUCCUAAAAUCUUGAAGCACAGCUAAAGCACUUUUUUUUUUGGUACCGGGGAUCGAACUCGGGUCCUUGUGCUUGUAAGGCAGGCAUGGUGCCACUGAGCUAAAUCCCUGGCCCUAGCUAAAGCAUUUUUAAUGCUUUUGUAAACGUGAAGAUUGUUGUAAUGAAAAAUAUCCUGGAAAGGAAGUUAGGAGGCCUGAGUUUACUUUCACUUUCCUCAAUACCAGUUUACAAAAGUGUGAGGAUAAAUGAGGAUUAACAAAUUCAUUGAAACAUCUGCAUAUGUUGCAGGAUUAAGAAGAAAGUGUUGCUCCAGUAGGUGUAGGAGAAUUACUUGUUGACUAGUUCAGCAAUUCCCUGAAUAAUGAUGUUUCUCUUCAUUCAAGAUGAGGCAGUAGUCAUUUCAUUUCCAUUUGCUUGCCUGUGCUGGGAGAAAGUUGGCCAGAGAUUGCAAUUUGGAGAGUAGCGGAAGAAGGACCAUAAACAGAGAUGAAAAAGUUUAAUGCAGGAAAUAUCAGAUUGCCCUAUGUGAUGUGGUAACUUCCACCAGCAGCUUUUGUGAGAUAGCCAUAAUAGAUGAAGAAGGCAACAGGCACAUUCCUAGAGAUACUGGGUUAAACAUGCAGAAUUGAAAAUCAGAGAUGAAUGAGAAUCUAUGAACAUUAGUUCUUGGCCUUGAGUUUAUAAUUUUUAUUUUAUUUUUUUGUUAUCAGGGAUCAAACUCAGGACCUUGUACUUGCCAGGCAGGCACAGUACCACUGAGCUACAUCCCCGGCCCCUUGAGUUUAUAAUUUUUAAAAAUUGUGUAAGAAAGACAAUAUCUACUAGCCAAGUUCAAUGAGUAAACAGCAGGAUAAAAACAAUGAACUAGAAUAAUUAACCUGGUCAUGUUUAUUAUUUUCCCAGAUGAUCCUAUGGGGCUGAGACAAGAUAAGUAGAAGAGUGUUGGCGAGUUUUUUCUUGGCUGAAUAUAAGAAUAACCUGGGCACUUAGAACAUGCCUGUGCCAGGGCCCAACUUGCCAUGGUUUCCUUGCUGUGUGCUGAAACCCAGAUGUUUGCUCUUCCACCCUUGUCCCAGUGAUUCUGAUGUGCUGAGAGAGAUUCAGUGGGUAAUGAAAGGAGAAAGUGAGUUACUAGGUUGGGGAUGGCCAGUUAUUCAGCUUUACUGGGGCAGGGAGUUAUAGAUUGGGGGUCAAGCAAGGGUCUUUGAGCCCACAGUGGGAAGCCAUAAUUUGAUUCUGGAGGUAGGGCUCAAUAUGUUUUGGCAUGAGCACAAGACUUUAUUUUGAAUGAAUUUUGGCCAUUUUAAUAACCAAUUCCACUGAAAGUUGAAUGGUUGCACACUGAAAAGAUUCAAAGAGGGCCAGGGAUUUAGCUCAGUGGCACUGCACCUGCCUCAAAAGCACAAGGUCCUGAGGUUUUUUUGGUCCCCAGUACCAAAGAAAACAACAACAACAACAACAAAAGAUUCAAAGAACAUGCUGCACUUCCAGCAUGCACAUCUUCUGCAUGAGAGUAUCUGAGCCCUGGGUGUUUGUUGAUUAGAAGUGCUGAGUAACGGAGCACUUCCCUAUUUACUAAGACUGAGGAAAGGUACCACAGAGUAAGAACUGAAGAGAAGCCAAUGAACUGAACUCAUCCACAGUGUUAAAACUUUGAAGAAGCCGGGGGUGGUGGCUUAUGCCUGUGAUCCCAGCACUUGGGAGGCUGGCAGGAGGAUGGCUUUGGGUUUGAGGCCAGCCUGGACUACACAGUGAGACCUUGUCUCAAAAAACAAAACAAAACAAAACACCCAGAAAACUUGUGAAGAAAAAGGUGAAAUGCCUAACUGAACCAGGCUGAGAAUAAACAUAAGAGGGAAAAGGUAUUUUCCUCAAACUUUGUAUGGGUUUAAAGCAAAGAUUUUUCAGGACACACACACACACACACACACACACACACACACACACACACAUUGAGUAUUUAAGUUUGAAUUAAAAUGCUGGCAAAAGGUAGGUCUACCAAAGGCAGGAAUGUUGAAAAUUCAUAACAAGAGUCUUAAAACUUUUAUGAGGUUUACACAUAAUAUUUGACUCUGACCGUACAUUAACACUUUCUGCCCCUUCUAAUUUAUCUUGGAGUUGAUUUUUGGAGGGAGGUGCUUUGAGACAGGGUCUCACUAUGUAGUCCAGGAUGCUCUUGAACUUAUGUAGCUCAAACUGGCUUGCAAGUCAAGGUGAACCUCCUGCCUCAGCCUCCAGAGUGGUGGGAUUACAGGUGUGGGCCUCCACACUUGUCGAUCUUGGAGUUUUAUCACCUUAUUCCCAGCAUUCUACUUUUCUCUAGAAAGCCCUGCCUCUGCCUUUAGUCACACUCAGGGUGUCGUGACAUCACAGCCUAGGGAGCUGCCCUCCCAUGGAGGCUGGCACAACUGUGUCACAGCAGGAAGCUGUAACCAAGGAGCCUGCAGGCAGGAAAUCCUGAGAAUGUGAGGCUGCUCUUGUUUUCCUAGCCAUUGGUGGCCUUGGGUGUCCUUAGCCAACUUCUUAAAUUAGCAAUACCAUGGCGGGGCAAGGCCAAGAUGGAAGCUCAAAUCUGCUUGUCCACUCAGCUAAGAGUGAGUCUGGAAGUUUUCUUCCUCAAGUAAAGCUUGUAGGACACAGAGGACCAGAAAUGUUUAGGACAUGGUAGACAAAUAGAUAUUUGGAUGUUGGGAAUCUCUUCUCUUUUGGCUUCUGAACCUUUCAGUUGAGCAUCUGUCUCUUCAAACACCUCACCCAGUGCAGCAGCUGUUGAAUUCCUAGAUGCGCAGAGGAGAGAGAGGCCAUCAUUGUCUACCUGACAGAUGAGGGGGACAGGACAGGCGCCUUCCCUUAUGAGAAAUGUAACCAUGGUCCUUAACAUCUUUUUUUGUUUUUGAGACAAGGUCUUGCUAUGUAAUUCAGGUUGGCCUUGAACUAUGUGGCCCAGGCUGGCUCAGUAAUCUUCCUGCCUCAGCCUCCCUCCCGAGUGCUGGGAUUAUAGGUGUGCACCACUACAUCCAGCCUGGUCCUUGAAGUCUGUUAUCCACUUCAUCUGGUUGCUCAUUCUGCUCUUCAAUCCCUACCUCAGAGUUAAGCAGGGACUGCUGGGCACCAAGGACUGGACACCUCCCAGGAUAGGAGCUCUUCCGUCCUCAGCCGCCUCAGCUUCAUCAGCCAUGGGUCAUUGGAUGGCCUGGCAUAGGGACCGUGACCUAUAGUACUACAACAGCUGCCUCUCAUGUCCUUCUGGUUUCUCUUCUUGGAAGCGGCCCUUACCUCAUUCACUACCUUCCUGCUUGUAUCCAUUACAGGUUUUUAUGGGCCUGGUGCUGGGCUUGGUGGUGACAAAAUAAGGCUGGUACAGUGGAGCCUGUGGCUUAAUUCAGUGUGAGUUGAGUAGCUCUGUUCAUACAUGACAGUGAGCUGGACCUCUAGCUCUGCAUGGCCACUCUGGGGUGAAAGCUGUGGGUGGUGUGUAGAGAAAAAACCAAAGUGGACACACCACUGCAGUGUCUCGCUGUAUUAAAAAAGACACAAUUAUUAACUCAUUAAAUGCUAGGGAGGGAAGCAGUCUUACCCAAACGGUUACCCUAAAAGAUAGCUUGCACCCUCGGGAUUAACCUAGUCCUCCAUUCCAUUUCCCAUCUCCAGGGAAGAGAGAAGGUGGCUGGUGCUCUACAGGGCAGAAUGUGUGUUGUGAGAUGCAGCUUGUGGGUAAUAGUGAGUCGGCCUCCAGCUUUCAGACAGGACUUGCUUGGUUUCCCCUAAUAACACUGGACAUGAUAUUUACAAUGGGAGGGACAGGUUGUGGCCAGGAAACAGAAGGACAUCACCGGCUUCUGGGUGCAUAACAUUUACAAGCCCCUAAACUCCUUGAGAACAAUACUAAGUCCAGGAGAUACAGAUCUCUGUACCCUGGAAGUGUGCCUAAUGAAGACUGAGUUGAUAACUGUCCUGAAUAAAGUGUUCUGACACACAC